AUGGGAGAAAUUCCCGCGUCGAGGCGCAGACCUGUGCCUCAUCUUACCCUCUGGAUCUGGUCCUGGCACAACGCGCGAAUUGCAGCAACGAAAAAGCGACGGGUAAGAUUAAUCCAACCGCUCGGGGCCGUCAUCCGUAAGCAGCAGCCAGCGCAGCUACGGAGUACAGUCGAGGAGGCUCAAGCCAGCACGCGAGCACAGUACGAACAGCAUUCUGAGUUUGCUGUCCCGCAGUGCAACCCCAGACGAUCAGAAUCCUUUGGGCCAAUGCAGCCCUUCGGGGCCAAAGUUUGCAGCGAGAGCACAUGCCUUGCAGCCUCACCCAACAAUUGGCUCACGCAAGCCUGUGACGACGACGACAACGACGAGCUCUCAAAUCUGCGCGGGUCGCCGUCACAUGGGGAAACGAGAUAG